GCAUCUUGGAUGAAUUCCAAAUGUUAUUACCUUGAAACUUUUCUCGCCUGCCUUGAAAAUAAAGAAACUCAUGCUCCUGUGCACUAGAUCAACUUGAGCUCGCGAGACACAGGAGACUUUGAUCUAUGUGAAUUCCAUCGGCCAGGGGCUGGGGAAGUUUCUUCAGCUGGAUUCGAUAAAUGCCGUGGUCCUUGGCGGAAGACUAGCUCCCCCCGGGUUGCUGAUCCCAACCUUGAAGCAGUCUGCAGCGGCUAAAUCCGGACAUCCCUCCGCACCCGUUAUGGCCCGCAAAGACCGGCAAAACAUAUACUCUGCAACGUUAUAGCAUAAAUGUUUCGUUUUAUUAUUUCCCGGUCUCAGUCUGACGCUACUCUCGCCGUGCGAAGCCGUUGAUCAGACCCCUUAAUAACCUUAAUACUGUCAACAUUGCCGACGCGCAUCCUCCGCACUGGUGGAUUUUAAUAUAUCUAAAACCGGAUCACAAUGGCAAUGAGACAUCCGGAAAAACAUGUGCAUGAAUCAAGUCGGACCAUCGGGCCGCAAUGGUCGCAAUCCCAUAUCAGACGCUCUUAAGCUCCCACAAGCCUUGGUGCUCUGUCUCGGGAUAAUACAUAAAUAACGGCUACGCCCCGGCGCAUAUACGACAGCACACACACUCUUUAUAUACCAGCAAGUCGAGGCCUUUCAGCAUGAUCUGGACACUCGUUCCCUUCGUGGCACUUCUGCCACUAGCGACAGCCCAACAGGUGGGCACUACGCCUGAUGCCCAUCCCAGACUCACCACAUAUAAAUGCACAUCGCAGAGUGGCUGCAUAAAGCAGAACACCUCAGUUGUUCUGGAUGCAGCAACUCACUUCAUCCACCAAAAAGGGACAGAAACUUCCUGCACCAACAGCAACGGCCUAGACACUUCCAUCUGUCCGGAUAAACAAACCUGCGCUGACAACUGUGUCGUUGAUGGUAUCACGGACUACAGCAGCUACGGUGUCGAAACAGAGAAUGCCACGUUGACCCUUCACCAGUACUUGCAAACUGGCGACGGCACAAAGUCCGUGUCACCGCGCGUCUACCUCCUCGCGGAAGACGGAGAGAACUACUCCAUGCUGAAACUCACGAAUCAGGAAUUCACCUUCGAUGUCGAUGCAUCCACCCUCGUAUGCGGUAUGAAUGGUGCUUUAUAUCUGUCUGAAAUGGAGGCCUCUGGCGGAAGGAGCUCCCUGAACCAAGCCGGAGCCACAUAUGGAACUGGGUACUGUGACGCUCAAUGCUACACCAAGGAAUGGAUCAACGGCGAAGCCAACACCGAGGGUGUGGGCUCCUGCUGUCAGGAAAUGGAUAUUUGGGAAGCCAACGCCCGAGCAACAGGACUUACACCACACCCUUGCAACACAACCGGCCUGUACGGGUGCAGCGGCUCAGAGUGCGAAGCUUCCGGCGUCUGUGACAAGCCUGGCUGUGGAUUCAACCCGUACGCCCUAGGUGCAAAGGACUACUACGGUUACGGCCUCAAGGUCAACACCAACGAGACACUCACAGUUGUAACCCAGUUCCUCACAACUGAUAACACCACCUCGGGCCAACUCAGCGAAAUCCGCCGUCUUUAUAUCCAGAAUGGCCAGGUCAUUCAAAAUGCUGCCGUCACUUCCGGAGGCAAAACUGUCGACUCGAUUACAAAGGACUUCUGCAGCGACGAAGGAAGUGCCUUCAACCGGCUUGGUGGCCUCGAGGAAAUGGGCAACGCCCUGGGCCGCGGCAUGGUUCUUGCGAUGAGUAUCUGGAACGACGCAGGCUCGUUCAUGCAAUGGCUUGAUGGUGGCAAUGCAGGACCGUGCAGUGCAACUGAGGGAGACCCAGCGCUGAUUGAGAAGUUGUAUCCGGACACUCAUGUGAAGUUUUCCAACAUUCGGUGGGGAGACAUUGGAUCUACCUACCAGCAUUAGAAUGGGUUCUGCGUCGUCUGCGGUUGUGUAUGUAUGACACCUUGCGCUUGAUUGUUAUCUGUGAUGCGAAAUAUAGCGAAGUUGAUCUAUA